AUGCUCGGCAGCCGCGCGUCAUCUUACAACAGCAGUGGAAGCAGUAGCGGCAGAAGAUAUAGACCCUCGGGUUACCCACCCUCUUCGACCUUUCCGUCCUUCACGAGCUACACAAGCGGCAGUCAACACUACCAGCACCACGGCAACACACACCACCAAUCUUCUUCGUCCACAUCCUCGCCGGCAUUAGCUUCGUCUCUGGGUCACCACCACGGGAGCAAACACAAGACAGCGGCUACUGCCUCGUCUGCCAUCAUGUCGGACGGACACUCCGAGACCAGUGAGACGCCCACAAGGAAGCGUAUUGCUGUAGCGGUUCAAUCCCUUCAUCCGCAUUCAAUUCAGGUCCAAACCACUCUGACUGAUAUGCGUCAUGCCAACGAGGGCGGAAAUUCUACAGCCCCAAAUCCCCACCUGGAGUGUGGCUACAACAUGGAGGUUUCACGUGCUGCCGCCCACCGGGCCUCCAUGGCGCCUCUGCCGAUGCCCAACUAUGCUGUCGACCUUUCGGGUGAGGUUCCUUACCAUCAGAGACCAUCGUACUCGAGCGGAUACGGCAGUCGUCCGACGGCAGCGGCAUCUUCUUCGUACUACGCCGCCAGCAGCGGUACCUGGAGCGGCUACUCCACCGAAGACGAGUACCCGACGGCCGCCCCGUACUACCCGGGCGCCAUGACUGACAUGGGCUACAGCGCUUGGGGUGGCAGCAGUGGCGGAUCAGCCUCUGGAACUAGGAGCAGCAGCAGGUCGGGACCGGCGGCUGGGAGCAUGUACGUGGAUCUACCUGCACCUGUACCUGCAACUGCUUUCACACAUGGUCAUCAUCUCUCUCACCAGCAGUCAAACAUUUCCUCUGCCCUACAUCAUCAUCAUCAUCAUCCUCACCAUCUCUCUCCCCUGGUUCAUCGACCUGCUCCUGCUAUCCCUGUUUCGGCUGCUGCUGCUGCUGCUGUGACAGCCCCGAUGCCAUCACCGGCUCCUCUUGCGGCUGUUCCCGGUGCUGGUCAUCACAGUCAGGGGGUCCCACAGAGCUAUCAUGCCCUGCAAUACCCUUACCCAGCAGCAACACCAUCGGGAGUGGUUGGCCACCAGUCCUGCAGCGUUGUCUACAUGCCUCAGCCCACGGCCCUCAGGCUCGGCAGCAGUCAAUUCAUCCCUGACGCGCUGCCAAACGAGCGUCUCACCACAAGCCCUUCCAACUCCCCCUCUCCGCACUCCCAGUUCGCCGAUACUGCUGCUGCUCCCUCGACUGCUCGCUAUUCGAUCCAGCCUUUGGUCAAGAUGGAAGCCACUGCCUCGCCCGGCCCAAACUCCAACCGCGCCUCGACCACCAGCCCGGCCUGCUCCUCCACGACUCCGAGGACUAGUAUCGGCAGCGUCGGUGGCCAUGAGGAGCAGAAGAGCCAGGUGGACGAGGUCAAAGGAGACGAAGAACGGCAGCAGCAGCAGCAGCAGCAGCGGCAGACGCAGGACCAGGCACACCUAUCACCGACCGCAGCGACCAACUCGGACGUGCCAGAAGUUGCUAACAACCUCCCCGACGCCAUCUUCAGUGACUCUAUGCAAGGCCCCUCGAUGGCCGGCUACGAAUACGCCGAGUCGUCCAACUCGUCGCCGUACCACAACCAUGCGGGUCCCUCGACCACCACCGCAGGUUCUUCCCCGGCUUCCGUCGGCCACAGGCGCGGCAUGUCGUCGACCAUGAACGGCUACGCCCACCUGCCAACACCCGCAUCGUCCAGCAAUAGCCAUCAUCAGCAUCAGCAUCAGCAGCAGCAGCAGCAGCAGCAGCAGCAGCAGCAGCAACAUCAAUCUCACCAUGGUGCGGCGACGGGCAGCCAUCCCUCUGCCUACCAGUACUCACAGUACCAGGGCUCGGGCUACCACCACGCCGCGUCCACUCCUGAUCAUCACCACCACCAUGGAGCGGACUAUCAUCGGUCUUCGAUGGGACACCGGCGCUAA